AUAGGAAAAAUAUCAGAAAUUUCCAUAAUUGGCUUCUUAGCCACAGCCCACCUGAGAGAAUGGUCAUUUGAGAUUGUUGCCUUCAAGGUAGAAGGAAAUAUUUACUACACUUGUGACAGACAAAGUACUAGCUCCCAGAAUAUCUAAAUAACUCUUCAAGAAUCAAUAGGCAGGGACUUCCCUGGUGGUGCAGUGGUUGGGAAUCCGCCUGCCAAUGCAGGAGACACAGGUUCGAUCCCUGCUCCGGGAAGAUCCCACAUGCUGCAGAAAACUAAGCCCGUGUGCCACAACUACUGAGCCUGCGCUCUAGAGCCUGCGAGCCACAACUACUGGAGCCCACGCACCUAGAGCCUCUGCUCCGCAACAAGAGAAGCCACCUCAAUGAGAAGUCUGCGCACCACAACGAAGAGUAGCCCCUGCUCACCAAAACUAGAGAAAGCCCAUGCGCAGCAACAAAGACCCAACGUAGCCAAAAAUACAUUAAAAAAAAAAAAAAACAAUAGGCAGGCAUGCACAGCCCCACGAGUACGCGCCUCAGGAUAGCCCGUACUAUGGAUCCACUGGCAAAGCAGAUCUUUAAAGGAGUUUUAGUAGCUGAACUUGUGGGCAUUUGGGGAGCAUAUUUUUUGUUCAGAAAGAUGAAUACAAGUCAAAGGUUCAGGCAAACAAUGAGCAAGAAAUUCCCCUUCAUCUUGGAAGUUUAUUGCAAGUCCACUGAACACUCUGGAAUGUAUGGAAUCAGAGAGCAAGAUCAAGAAAAGUGGCUGAACAGCAAAAAUUAGGAAUUUGACCAUCAAUCAAGG